UCUGUGUUCAUGUCCCUGGUUCCUCUGUCUGCCUGGAACGUGAUGAUAUCAUGUGGUCCCUGCUCUGUGAUUGGCUGCUGCGUGUGUUCGCCCUCAUUUAGAGAGUGUGAGAGUCACAGAGCUGCUGCUGCUAAUGAAGAUGAAGGUGUGGGUGCUGCUCCUUGUCCUCUCCUCGGUCCCCUGUGUCUCUGCUGAUGGUCUGUACGAGAUGAACUCCGUCAGCGGCUGUUCAGACACUGAUGGAGAGAAUGUGCUGAUCCUGGAUGAUGAGGUGGUCUGGUACGCAGACUUCAACAAACAGAAAGGAGUCGAUUCUUUGCCAGCCUUUGCAGAUCAUCCAGGCUUUGAAGGAAAGUAUGAAGAAGCUGUGGCUAAUCAACAGAUCUGCAGACAAAACCUGAAGAUGGCUCGUUUAGCUAUGAAGGACUUUCCUAAAGAACACGAGCUGCGUGUCCAUCAAACAGUGAAGAGCUGCUGGAUUCAUUGUUUCCUCCAAAUGAAAGAAAAGUCAUUUUCAUGUGACAGAGCGACGAUGCAGUGGAGUCUGUUUCUGCUUCUUCUGAUGGGUCAGUGUGUCUUCAUCACAUGUCACCUGUAUGAGUACCACUUUAUUAAAGAAGAGAUGAGCUGGGAUGAAGCACGGGCAUACUGCAGAGAGAAAUACACAGACCUGGCCAAAGUGUUUGACCUGACAGACAUGACAAGACUUCAAGACUCUGCACAGAGUCAAACAGAAGCCUGGAUUGGACUGUACAACAUCACAGGAGGAGACAACAGGAGGUGGCACUGGUCUCUGCCGGGGGAGGAAUACACUGAAAAUAAGACCUGUUGGGGAGCUGGAGAGCCAAAUGAUGGAGCAUAUCCUGAGAACUGUGUGAUGACAAGAGACAAGUGGGACGAUUAUCCAUGUACUUACACAUUACAGUUCAUUUGCUUUGAUGAUACAAUGAAAGACAAUAAAAUGUUUCAUUUGAUUGAGACGUCUGUGACCUGGACUCAGGCUCAGAGCUACUGCAGACAGCAUCACACCGACCUGGCCAGUGGACUCAAUCAGAUAUACAGUGAAGAGUUUAAGAAGCUGCAGGACUCUACAGCUUUGUGGAUCGGCCUGUUCAGAGACAGCUGGAGGUGGUCAGAUGGGAGUAACUUCUCUUUCAGAUACUGGGACAUGGACUCAUUUAAUGAUGGACUAAACAACAGGACAUGUGCCACGACUCUGUUAGAGAGAUCAGGAAGAUGGAGCUCUGCUGGAUGUGACCAAAGAAAGCCUUUCUUCUGCUAUGAUGAUAAACUGAUUCUGAUCAGAGAAAACAAAAAAUGGGAGGAAGCCUUGAAUUACUGCAGAGAAAACUACAAUGACCUGGUUUCAAUCAGCAACCCUGAGGAGCAGCGAUGGGUCCAGGAAAGAGCCAAAAACGCCUCGACUCCAUUCGUGUGGCUGGGGCUGCACUACUCCUGCACUGCACGUUUGUGGCUUUGGGUCACUGAUUAUGUAGUGUGCUAUGAGAGGUGGGCUUCAGGGGGAAAGACUGAAGACUGUGACAUGUCUGCAGCCAUGACCACAGGAGGGCAGCACGAGUGGGUCAGUCAGAGGAAAAAUGAGACAUUUAAUUUUAUUUGUAUAAAACACUAAGGUUCAAACAUAAAGUCACUUCUUAGCUGGACAUGUAGAUUUUCUGGGGUGAACUCUGUGUUUCUGCUCAGUGUUUACAGCCUCUGGGUUUGAAAUGGGAGAAAAAUGACCAACAGAUUAUUACCUGCAGGUUAGAUAUGUGCAGAGAGCAGUCUGUGUUUCAUUUCCUCUCCUUUACCAGAGUCAGGAACAUCUUGGUUUCUACCUUCAUUGUUGCUGGAUUGGUUCAUUAUUAAACUGUAGCAGGAUAUUUGUUUUGAUUUAGUUCAGAUAUGGUGAUGGUUUGAAUGUUUCUGCUUCAUGUGCUGUAAAUCUUUGUAUCACACCAUUGUAUCCUCAGCUUGAAUUACAAAGUCUGUCACUAAAAGCAGGUAAAACCAUGUUUGUGUCAUGAUUCCAUAUGAGCUCUAUAAUCUGAUCGUGUGUUCAUGAAGACAAAUAAACCUUCAUCUAACCAAGUCUGUCACUGUUACAGCUUUCACAGGAACAAAUAAAAACAGCGCCACCUAAUGAUAAAACCAGUUAACAUCAAACUAGAACGUAGCUCCAUGACAUUUCCACAAUGUAGAUAUGCAAAAAGUGGAAAGGAGAGGAAAGGUUGUAAAGAAAAAGGUGGAAAAACUAUGAAGGUUCGGUUAGUCAAUAGGAGGUGUAAUUGCCAGAUAAAGGAGCAGUUUGUAAAGAAAAAAGGUGGAAACUAUGCACCUGCGCAAAAAAAGUGCAGGUAUAAUACUACUUCUGGGUUAACCUCAUUUCACUAUAAUUUCCCAAUCAACCAUGGAUCACAGUGGUGGACAGAGUGGAAGUAAUAGAAACAGUCUAACUGAUAAUAACUUAACGUUCACAGUCAAUUAUAAAUCCAUGACUUUUCAAAGUCAAUAUAUUUAUUUUAUUUAUUAUUUUAUUAACCUUUAUUUAACCAGGAAGAUCCCAUUAGAGAUUAAAAACCUAUUUUUCAAGGGAGACCUGGCCAAGAUAGGCAGCAGCAAGUGUCUCACACUUACAGAAAUUACUCAAUUAAACACAGGCAGCAACAAAACAUGUGCAAAAAUAAAUGAAAAAAUAAAAAUACAAUUAAAUAAAAUUAAAUAAAAUUCAGUAAAAUUCAAUAAAGUUCAAAUAAAAAUAAAAAAUCAGUUAAAAUGAAAAUCAAGCAGUUUUGGACUUGUAUUAUAAUAUGUAUUUUUUGUUAUUGCUGUCCCUCGUUGUCCCUGCUUGUAGAUAUAUAUGUGUGGAUGCAGGCGUUCUUCACUUCCCCACGGUUGGCCAUCAUCAACCGUGACACAAUCUAAAUGAAACAGUUGCAUGUGAUGGACUUGGCCUCAAGGAUUCGUAGUUUAGAUUUAAAAGCACUGAAUGAAAUGAAUUCAGUCAUUUUCAUUCGUUCUGCAGUUUGUUCCAAGCAAAGGGUGAUAAAUGGACAAAAAGCUCUUUAACCAAAUUCAGUUCGGGCAAAUGGAACAGAAAGCAACAAGCAAACCUGGUAAAGACCUAUAGUAAACGUUUGACCUCUGUUAUUGCCAACAAAGGUUAUGUUACAAAGUAUUGAGUUGUAUUUUUGUUAUUGACCAAAUACUUAUUUGCCACCCUGAUUUACGAAUAAAUUCUUUACAAAUCCUA